AUGAAACCUCCACCACAUCCAACCAAUAAUAAUGAUAAUAAUAAUACUGCUAAUAAUAAUAAUAAUAAUACAUUAUAUGGAGUGAAUAUAGAAGCCCUGGGAGCAGUCGAAGAGGAAGAAGAGGAUGAUGAAGACGAACAUACCAACAUUUCCACAUCUACUUCCAAUAAUAACACCAUCACCACAUCUACAUCUAAUGGAAAGAAUAGCAAUACCAAAACCUCCUCAACUCCAAAUACUACUACAUCCACUCCAACUCAGAAAACUCACACAUCUUCAUUUGCUUCCAAACUUUUCAAUCGUUUCAGAACCAAUUCUUCACAUGAUAAAAACAAUUCAACAUCAUCAUCGACAACAACAUCAGCAGGAGCACAAAAUGGUAGUGAAGAUGGUCAAGCUACACCAACCAUUGAAACUAAAAUAGAUGCAGAUGAAAAGAGAUAUAAGGAAACACCAAUGAUCUUUUCACUGCCAACUAAGAAAUCAUCAGGUUCUGCAGAGAGAGGAUUGUCAACUGUUGCCUCCUCUUCACACAUUUCAAAAACUGGCAAGUUGCCAUCUCAACAACAAUUAUUCGUUGAAACCAAUUUGGAAGAUUAUUUAUUCUCAUUCCAGGGAAUUUUCACAGAUAGAACCAUGUUUCGUGCCUUUUACAGAUAUUUGGAAACUGAACACAAUACAGAACCUUUGGAAUUUAUUACUCGAGUGAAUGAAUUGGAAUUUACCUAUUACAAAAUGAUGAAAAUGGUCAAGGAUAUUCAAACUGCUAAUGCUAAUUUGGCUCUUGAAGGUGGUUCUGCUGCAUCUUCCUUGUCAAAUUCUGGAUCUGGCUCAUCAGCCACUUUUUCACAUUUUAAAACUCCAUUCUCUGAUUUACCAAAGAUGAUGCUCAUGAUGACUCAAAAUGAUAAGACUAAAUCACCAUCCAAAUCUGAAUCUGAACCAACUACACCAAGAAAAGCAGCCAAGAAACAAUUAUCAUUCUUUGGAUUGGGUAAAAAGCCAAAGGUGGAUGAAACUAAAGCAAAUACACCACAAACUAAUAGUACUCCAACUACCAAUGAUGCAGAAGAUGACGAAUCUGAAAAGUCUAAUAGAUUUAGUUUGAGACUUUCCAUUUUGAAAAAGAAGAAGGAUCAAAAUGCAACUGCAAGCAAUCCAAAUAGCAAUACAAAUAGUAAUGUCAAUACUCCACAUUCAAAUCCAACCUCUCCAUCUGAAAAGAAAGAAACCACCUUGAUGGACAUGAUUUUGAAGGAUGUGCCAACUGUAAAGGCAACUGAAACUGAUGCUGAGGUGGUCACAAUCAAAACAACUGAACACUUCACCAAUGAACAUGCAACAAAUGGCACUUCUGGUACUGUAGGAGAACCUGGUAUUUCUCUUACCACACCAACUCCAAGAGCAUUACCAAAAUUAAACUUGGGACUCGUUGAAAAGAGUGAAAGUGGUGAAAGUGAAGAUAGUACCCCAGUUGGUGCUUCAAGUAAUAGUGGACAAGAAGACAAUGGCAUGAAGAGUCUCUUGACAGUUCUCACUGAAAAGAAGGAAAAGAAGAAGGAAGAAUUGAGGAAUGGAGUUGCAUCACCUGAGGAUGAUCCAACUUCUGAACGUUCUGAUAUUUCAGGUAGCUCAUCAAGAACAUCUGGAGAUAGACCAAGAUCUCUCCAACACGCAUUCCUUACACUUCCACCAAAUACUCCACGUUCCAAAUAUGAUCAAGUUCUCAAAGUUUACAGAAAGCAAAUCAUGUUAGCAAUUCAAAUUAUGAAAGAUUUUAUUGAGGAAGAUUCAAAGAAGGAAAUUAACAUUUCCUCUCGUGACAAACGUACCUUUGUUGGACUCUUCCAAGAAUCAAAACAAUAUCAGGAAUUUGAUGAAUGGUUGUUGCCACAACCUCCACACUUGUUGUUCCGUACAAUGAAGAAUUCUGUCAUGUAUGAAUUGGAAAAUGACAGUUUCCCUAGGUUUGUGAGAAGUGAUGUGUGGUUUAAGAAAUUACAACACAAAGGUUUGAGUUAUUUGACCAAAGUUGGACGUCUCAAGGAAGCCACUUACUAUCCAUACGGAGAUGAAGACUUUAAAUUACCAUUUGUCUUUGACAGGGACAUUGAAUUUAUGGAAUACUUGGCAAGAGAUGAUUAUCAAUGGAAAUUAUUGGGAUCCAAGAAGGAAGGAGCUAUCAAUGUAUAUAAAUUAUCAGAAAAGGUACUCUUCCCUAACGUUGGAUUCUAUCAGAAAAUGCAAAUUAACAAGUGGACAGGUAUUUUACCAUUUCCUUUUGACGCUGUCAAGAAAUGUUGCAUGCCAGGAUUGCAAGUUCACAAAUACGAUCCAAAUAUUACCUCCUGUGAAGAAUUAUCAUUCUAUGAUUUUGAAACUUUGAAAAAGAUGUAUCCAAAUGAGAAAUUCAAGAGAGGUCCUAGGUCAUGUGGUGUUAUCAGAUACGGAGUUGGUUUCCCAUUCCCAUUCACAACAAAGAGAAGUUUCUUGAGUGUUUGUACAGCUUACUAUGAUAAGAAUGAAGAAAAAUUAACACUCCUCUACAAACCAUGCGAACACGAAAGAUUUUACAUGGAUGGCAAGGGCGUCAAUGAAGGAAAGAAGCUCAUUGAUAUCAGAGAUUUCCAAUACUAUUCCAUUAAGAAACUUGACUCUUAUAGAACUAAUAUUACUCAAAUUCACUUGUUGGAUGUUGGUGGAAAUGCCAGAUUUGCCAUCAACUUGUUGAGAAUGGAUCGUGCCAAGGGUAUGAUGAAAGGUUUCAAUGAUUAUAUUCGAAAGAACAUUAACAGCAUUCCAGUUAUUCCAGAAGAAGAUCCUGUUUGGAAACAUGUCAUUUCCUGCAUGGGCAAGGAAGCUGCCGAAAGAGUCGACAUGUCAGCAACUCUCUACAAUGACUUGAAAAUGGGUAGAAAUAUCAGAAACAAGAGUCUUGCAGCAACCAUCAAGAAACACAAGAGAGAAAAGAAAAAGAAGGAAAAGAAACUCAAAAAACAAUUGGAAAAGCAACAACAAUUGGAGAAACAACAAUUGGGAACCGAUUUACCACCAACUUCUCCACUUUCCAGCACAAUUUCUUCAUGUUCUGAUGAUACCAGUAAGAUGCUUUCCAGACAAAACAGUACAGCCAGCUUUGGACAAUCAUUUAUUUCACCAGAGGCAAUCUUGGAGGAAGAAGAUGCCAUGUUAACAUUGUUCGAUGCGGAUAUGGAAAACUUUACAAUGACUGGAACAACUGAUAAUGAUGCCAGUGAUGAAGAAUUUGAUGAUGACGAUGAGGAAGAUGAUGAAGAUUUGUAAAUUUAUGCAUCUCUACUUUUGUGCUUUUGUAAUUUAGUGCAUUUCUUUUGUUAAAUAUUUAAAUAAAAUUGUAAAAACUUG